AUUGUAAAAUUGAUAAUAUAUAUCAAUAUUUAUAAAGAAGAAAUGAAAUGGAUUCUUUAAGAGAACCAGCGUUUUAUGUAGGUAAUAUCGAUGAAGAUAUUGAUCUCAAACAACCUCCAAUUUCUGGAGGAGACUACAUCAAGCGUGUAGUAAUAGAAGCUCAACAAUGUGCUGACGUAGUAGUGGCUGAUAUAGAUCGAGAAUGUUUGAAGAAACCUACAAUAUAUGUUGAGAAUUUGGCAGGAUGUGUCGAAGCACCACCAUGUCUCGGACCUACUAGUGAUUGGCAAGAACGUCAAUUAGGAAAUUUUAAAGAUUUAAAAUUGUACGUUAUUCAAAUGAAAGAUGAAAUAAAAAAAUUUAAAUGCAAAUGGAAAUCUCAAGAGACACAAGUGCCUAGUAUAGAUGAUCAACGUGGUUGGAUCGCUUGCUGUUCUGAGGAAUGUAGCAAUGAGAACAAAACUCGUAAUCCAACAUUGACAAUACUUUUACGUAUGAAACAACCAUUAAUAGAACAAGUCUUGGAAUAUUUAGUUGAGUAUGUACAAACACAAGGAAAAAUUGAAUACAAAAUCGGACAAUGGCUCUAUGCUUUAUUGGUUGGUUUGGAUUUACCAUUGAAUCCUGAUACAUGCUCCUGCUUACGUUCUUUGGCAAGGGCAUGUUCUGUUAUUAGAGCAAAUUCUAAAAAGUUGGAAGAACACGAAAUAAGAGCACUAAAUUUGUUCAUAUGUCUGGUAGCAAGAUAUUACCGUCAAGUGGAUCUUGCUGAUCCAUAUUAGAUCAUUGUUGUAAACGUAUAUUCUUUUUUUCGCGAUUGUACCGUAAAACAAUAAAAAAGAAGAAAUAUAAAAGAAAAAAUUAAUUAACAUUUCCCGAUGAUAUAUAUGAUAUUUAUCUUUCUUAAAUACUAUCGAAUGUGGGGUACAAUGAGGCAAGAUAUCGAUUAAAUAAAGUUAUAUUCGAUUGA